CUUCCGCAAAAGUGUUUGAGUCUGGCAAAGGAUGCUGUUAUCUUCACCGCUGUUCGAGUUUCACCGAGUCAGACUUCUCGCUUCAUUAGCCAGAUGCAGCGCCUGUCGCGGAAGUUCUACUACUUAGAAGCCAUGACGUCGAUGUCUAAGUCCGCGAUGCUCGUUGUAAGCAUCAGAGCUCCGCUUAGUUUUACAUGCCUUGGGCAUCCUUGCUUCACCGCGUCACGGAAUGCGCGUGUACAAUCGACCUUAUGUUGAGCUGGGAGAUCUGAUCCUCAUCGUCUAUCUUUUUCUCUCACUUCUUAACGCUCUCUUCUUAUCUACAUACCCCGCCACCGGCUCUCCGUCGUGAGGCCGUGCUUACAAUAUGCCUCUUGGAGGAUGGCUGGGCGUUGGGAAGUCAGCCAAAGGACAUGGACACGCGAAGAGUCUGGAUGCUCUUAGUGAGCUUGCUCAACUACAAGAUGCGAUGAGUGCCAUUACCCAUAUCAUGAACGAUGACAUCGACAGCGCUGAAGCACAACUUGCGAAAAGCAGUUCGUCGUUUCACCAGUUGGGAGUGGGUGUUUGUACAUUCCUGAGAGCGACACUUGGAUUCGAACAAGAGGCGAUGCGCGAAGCUUCCAACACCCUAUAUACAGCGGAGUGCACGGCAUACGAUCAGCAGAAACGAGCCUCUAAAGACACCAACGCAUACCGUUCGCCGAUCUAUCCCCCUGGAACCGAAUACGCAGUAUGUCAGGCAGAGGCACAGUUGAUGGGCGCAGUGGUGGGCGUACUGAACGAGAGUCUGACAGAGGCUCUCAAAAGUUUCUACAAAUUGAGGAAGGCAUAUAUUGCGCUACAAGCAGUGAUGGAUGCCGAGAAGCAGUUCUUGAGCAAGCAGAGUACGAAUAGCGUAAAUUCGACAGGUGCGGGCCGCUUGUCAAAGCCCGGUUCCAUACGCUCGAAUGUGGGUGGCAGUACACUCAAGAGCUCUGGGCCUCCAACCUCGCUCAGUGGAUCUACCGCAAGCUUGAAACGGAGUCAGCACGGAGACAAGCCAAAAGCGGAUGACGAUGACGACGAAGAUUUCGACUUUGUGGAUGCCCAAGAAGACUUUGAGAAACUUACACUUGAUGCUCAAGGCAAUCCUGAAGCAGACAUAUCGACGUUUAGCGAUCACCCUCUAGACAUGUUCAUUUUAUCAGGAUCCAACUUCUGCUUUGGCAUGCUUCUACUUAUUCUCUCCUUCAUACCUCCUUCGUUCGCUUCACUGCUCAAGAUCGUUGGAUUCAAAGGCGACAGGGAACGUGGUAUGCAAAUGCUUUGGCAAGCCACUAAGUUCCACGACAUUCACGGAGCCAUGGCCGGUAUUGUGCUCAUGGGCUAUUUGAACGGAUUUACCAGCUUCUGCGAUAUUCUUCCGAGUACGGGAGAAGGGUCGUAUCCCAAGGCUAGAUGUGUAGCGUUGUUGGGGUCAAUGCGCGAGAGAUAUCCAAAUAGCCAUCUCUGGCUAUUUGAGGAGGCACGCAUGUUGGCUGCCGAGAAAGAGUUGGAGAGGUCUGUGAAGUUCAUCGAGGACGCAGGCGAAUCAAAGCUCAAACAACUGGAAGCACUCGGCUGGUUCGAGCGUAGUCUCAACCAUAUGUACAUGCACGACUACGAGGCCACCUCCUUUGCUUUCGAGAAAUGCAUCCUACUCAACAACUGGAGUCAUGGACUAUACUACUUCAUAUGUGGUGCUUCACACGUCGAGCUCUAUCGACAGAGCAAAGGAACAGACCCGGGGGCGGCGGCGAAGUACGCUGCACGGGCCGAAGACUUCUUCAAAAAGGUCAUACCCAACACGGGCAAGAAGAAGUUCAUGGCACGUCAACUACCAUUUGAUGUUUUCGUGAUCCGCAAGAUUCAGAAAUGGGAGGCUCGAGCAAAGGAGUGGAACUGCAACUUGAUCGACGCAAUUGGUGUUUCUCCGCUGGAAGAGAUGAUCUAUUUCUGGAAUGGCUACAAACGAAUGCGGACCGACCACCUCGAGGUCUCGCUCAAGAACCUCGCCUGGAGUGAAUCUACCGCCAAUCCGCAUUGGGAAAAAGAAGGCCUGGAUGAGAAAGCCAUCCUCGUUGUUCUCCGUGCAGCAACUCUGAGGAACAUGGAUCAAACCACGCAGGCCAAAGCGCUCCUAGAGAGCGAGGUCUUGGUCCACGACAGAGCGCUCUUCAAGGGUAAUCUCAAGGACAACUGGACGGCUCCCUGCGCUCGGUACGAGAUGGCCGCCAACCUCUGGCGAGAGGCCGAUGCGAAUGGCAGUCCAGAGUCGCAUCCAAAGCUUCUAGUUCAAUGCAAGGACUGGCUCGAGGAAGUGUCUAAGUGGGAGGCGUUCGACCUGGAUGCAAGGAUUGGUAUGAAAAUCACGACAGGCAAAGAUACACUGAGGAAGUAUGGCAUCUUGCUCUGAGGGUUCAAUAGACGUUUGACGGGGUCUUGGUUUAGAUAAGCUUACGGAUAUAUGGAAGCGGAUAACGAGGUAUGCUCGGAGUUUGGAGUGUAGAUGGGAAGGGAAUGUGUGCUUAGGGGCCAAAUAUAUCGAAAGUUGACACUGCGAGCAUAUUUCCACUCGUACCUGCGCAUGGCAGUCCACAUAACCUUGGAGGAGGUCGUCUAACAAUU